GUAACACCCCCCACAACUCUUGUACUGAGAUAACACGAGUGGAUGUGUUAUUGGUGCUGGAUGCUGGAGGAUCAAAUCCCGUGGAAUCCAUCCCGGAGGCACAUGCUAGCUCCGUCAAAUGAAGCCUUCAAAGUUAAACUAAACCUGCCGUGAAAAACAUUCGCCGAACCGAUCCAUUGCAACCACACCGAUCAGAUAUUCCCCGACAGAACGACAACAGCCGGAAACAGGCGGCUUAGGACCGACUUUGGCGCAGCCAAACGCUCAUAAUCCCAACCAACCAACCAAUAUUGAUAACAGACUGAGCGAAAAAAAAACCUUUCACCACAUCAAAAAUAUAAAAAAACACAUCUAUUUCAUGCAGCCUACCGCCCACCAACCUUUGGAGGCAGCCUCCCAAUAAUAAUGAAAAAUUUAUGGAAAAAAAUGCUGCAAAGCGCGGAAAGUGUCGAGCGGUUGUUCAUGAAUAAUUUCGGGGCAGGCUUUCCACAAGCGGCGGAUUCGUUCAGUUCAUUUUUUCCAGUUAGUUCUACUAGGGGUUUUUAUUGGUUAGAAUUUGCCACGGUUUUUUUUCUUCCUUUGGGGUAAGGGAAGUUGCGUUUUUGUUCGCGGUUUUCAUCGUUAUUGUGAAUUGAUAUACCCCCGGGUGUAUGCAACGUUCGUUUUUUUUUUUCGAUUUGAAUCCAAUCGAGUGGGGAGGGUCCCUGAGUGCCUCCCAAAGUGUAUCGGGAGGGUGUGUGUUAUAAAUUUUAUUGCCUCUGCAGGAGGCGCUUUGUGUUUUGAGGUUUUUUCUCAUCUGCUAGCUUUUUUUGUUUUUCUAAUACCUAGGUAAAGGGGCCUGAAUGGUUCAAAUAAUGAAGAUUUGAUCGUAAUCGAGUUUCGGAAGUGACAACAAAAAACAAUCUGGCUCGGGGUUCAGUUGAAUGUGCGAGUGAGAAAAAAAAUCGAUUUCCGAUACCGAAACUGGUUUUGAAACAAAGAGUUCGUGCUGGGAAGCAAUAUCGAAACGAGGGGUUUGGGCAAAAGUGGAAAAAAAAGCUCCGAACAUCGAGAUAAAGCAAAUCACGUCCAUUAGGAGCUCCCGGAAAACGGUUGUAAAAAGCUAACGAAGUGGGAAAUUACGAAAAACGGUCGUCGCGUUUGCAGUGAACGUAAAGUCAAUAAAAAUACAAGGCCAUCCCACCUCCUACAGAGAGCGAGAGAGAGAGAGGGCGGGCCGGGUUUCGAUUGGGUUUCCGGGAGUCAGGUUUUCCCAAAAGCUUUCGAAGUGGGUGCCAAAAAGCCAUUCCAUAAAUUAUCGAUUCCGAUAAACAAAUCAUAGCGCCGUGGCCGGAAUGAGACUAAAGCGACUAGGUAAUAUGGAAAUUUACGGCGGCAGCUCCGCAGAACGGAUCGGCACUAUUGGUGACAAGGACAAUGACGAUGGUCAGGAACCCGGCACACACUGUUUGCCAAGCGAAGAUUGGCUCAGCUGCCGAGGCUUUAACCCGAGCCUACAUUCAGGCGCAAACCACAUCAAUGGCCGCCGAAGUCACAGCCAUUUCGAAUCAGACGACGCCAUCGCCAAUGAUGAUGAGGACGAUGACGAGGGCACCAAUGCCGGUCACAGUCACAGUACAACAUCCAGGACAAGCCUCAUAACUGCCAGCAGCACCGCCACAACAUCAGCUAGAAACUUCCACAGAAAUCCAACGACGGCCGUGCCGAGUCAGACGCCGAGUUGUUCCAGAAUGGGCGGUGGCGGCAGAAAAACGUCGUCGUUUCGUCGAUCCCAUCUGCACCUGUUGACGACGACGACCUUCAUCACCGGGGCACUGCUGACGCAAUUGAUUGUAAAUAUUAGUAUAGGGCUUCUGGGAAGGACCCGACAGAGACUGUCCCAGUCAUCCUUUUAUUCUAGCAGCCGGAAUCACAACCGUCUGCCGAACGAUGGAUUUAUGUUUGUUUCGAUUUGUGUCACGGGUCUCGGAGCACACAUGUGGGAUUUGGUGCUCUUGGAUCAUUGCCGGUUGGUAUCUAAUGGAAUUGGGGGUGGCUUCCCAAAUUUAGGCCUCUACGUCAUAGACAGACAUUGA